AUGACAACAAAACUAAUUGAAGUCGACAGCCUCGACAUUCAUGUCUUGAUCAAUGAUGAAAUUGACCAAAUCUCGCCGAGCCCAAACCCUCAGGUUCAGCAUGCCCAAUCCUUCGCCGGUGUCCCGUUGAGCCACGUGUCAGACCCUAACUCUCGGGGAGGAGCUCGCUUGGAAAUGCCAAUGCGAAAUAUCUGCUGCGGCGCUCAUGCGAAGAAGGACGAUAAAUCUCACACACUGCUCUUCGAUGCCGGGCCUGAGGAAGACGUUUUUGAGAAAAACGUUCAGAGGCUCAAGCUACCGAUGACCGAAAUUGGUGCCAUUGUUCUUUCGCAUUGGCAUAGAGAUCACUCUGGCGGUCUUCCCUCCGCGAUUCGACUCGCUAGCAAAGGGAGGCCAGACGGCGAUCAGGUCGUUGUUGCGCUUCCUCCAGAUAAGCCAGCGUUUAGAGGAAUUAUGUUCGAUCAACCUAUCUCGCUAGAGGCAGAUCCCACCACGGAUGAGAUCAACAGUGCUGGUGGCAAGACCGUUAUCUUGGAUGAGGCACAGACCAUUCUAGGUGAUGCCUUUCUCAUAUCCGGCGAGAUUCCGCGCCAGACAGACUAUGAAGGUGGCAUCCCCGGUGGUGUUCGGUAUGACCCAGCCAAGGAUGAAUGGAUCAAGGACGAGUUAAUCAUGGAAGAACGCUUUGUCAUGUACAAGGGCCUGGUCAUCUUCACAGGCUGCAGUCACGCCGGUCUCAUCAACAUCGCAAGACAUGCGAGAACCAUCGACGACAUCCCUAUCUACGCUAUCGUCGGCGGCUACCACCUCGCAGAUGCGUCACCUGAGAAGAUGGAGCAGAGCAUGAAGGAUCUCAAGGAUCUCGAGCCGGUUUUGCUGAUGCCGGGACAUUGUACAGGAUGGAGGUUCAAGGGGCUUAUUGAGAAGGAAAUGCCACGUCAUAUGGCUCCUAUAUUUGGCGGAACAAAGUAUACGCUGUAG